AUGGUUCCUGUUGAUGUCUUCCUACUUGUCUUUCAGGUCAACGAAAUCUACCAUGAUGAGUCCUUGGGAGCCCACAUCAACGUAGUCCUUGUUCGGAUCAUCCUGUUGAGUCACUCAAAGUCCAUGAGCCUCAUCGAGAUUGGGAACCCCUCUCAGAGUCUGGAGAACGUCUGUCGCUGGGCCUACCUCCAGCAGAAGCCGGACACGGGCCACGAUGAAUACCACGACCACGCCAUCUUCCUCACCCGGCAGGACUUUGGACCUUCAGGCAUGCAAGGCUACGCUCCUGUCACUGGGAUGUGCCACCCAGUCCGCAGCUGCACCCUAAACCAUGAGGACGGCUUCUCCUCGGCAUUUGUGGUGGCCCACGAGACAGGCCACGUGAGAGACCGAUCCCUGGGGAAGCGGGCCCUCGUGCUUCACUGCUUUAAAGGACACUGCAUCUGGCUGACACCUGACAUCCUCAAGCGGGACGGAAACUGGGGUGCCUGGAGUCCAUUUGGCUCCUGCUCACGCACCUGCGGCACAGGAGUGAAGUUCAGGACUCGCCAGUGUGACAACCCACACCCAGCCAAUGGGGGUCGCACCUGCUCAGGCCUUGGCUACAACUUCCAGCUCUGCAACCCCCAGGAAUGCCCUGACUCCCAGGCCGACUUCCGAGAGGAGCAGUGCCGCCAGUGGGACCUGCACUUCCAGCAUGGCGACGACGCCCAGCACCAUUGGCUGCCCCACGAACACCGCGAUGCCAAGGAGCGCUGCCACCUACACUGCGAGUCCAAGGAGACUGGGGAGGUGGUGUCCAUGAAGCGUAUGGUGCAUGAUGGGACCCGCUGCUCCUACAAGGAUGCCUUCAGCCUCUGCGUGCGUGGGGACUGCAAGAAGGUGGGUUGUGAUGGCGUGAUUGGCUCCAGUAAGCAGGAGGACAAGUGUGGCGUGUGUGGAGGAGACAACAGCCACUGCAAAGUGGUCAAAGGGACGUUCACACGCGCACCCAAGAAGCACGGUUAUAUCAAGAUGUUUGAGAUACCAACAGGAGCCAGGCACCUGCUUAUCCAGGAGAUGGACACCACCAGCCACCAACUGGCCAUUAAGAACCUGGAGACGGGAAAGUUCAUUUUAAAUGAACAGAAUGAUGUGGCUUCUACUUCCAAGUCCUUCAUUGCCAUGGGUGUGGAAUGGGAGUACCGUGAUGAGGACGGACGGAAGACGCUGCAGACCAUGGGCCCCCUCCGGGGCACAAUCACCGUCCUGGUCAUCCCACAGGGCAACAACCGGAUCUCACUGACCUACAAAUACAUGAUCCAUGAGGACUCACUCAACGUCGACAACAACAAUGUCCUGGAAGAGGACUCCAUGGACUAUGAGUGGGCCCUGAAGAAGUGGUCACCCUGCUCCAAGCCCUGUGGUGGAGGAUCUCAGUUCACCAAGUACGGUUGCCGCCGGAGGCUGGAUCACAAGAUGGUGCACCGCAGCUACUGCGAUGCUGUGGAGAAGCCCAGUGCCAUCCGCCGUGCCUGCAACCCACAAGAGUGCUCCCAACCCAUAUGGGUGACGGGCGAGUGGGAGCCAUGCAGCCAGAGCUGUGGACGGACAGGCAUGCAGGCCCGCUCAGUGCGCUGCAUCCAGCCACUCCACGACAACACCAACCGCUCGGUGCACACCAAGCACUGCAAUGACGCUCGGCCCGAGGGCCGCCGGGCCUGCAACCGUGAGCUCUGCCCUGGCCGCUGGCGGGCUGGGCCCUGGUCCCAGUGCUCAGUGACCUGUGGCAAUGGUACCCAGGAGCGGCCAGUCCUUUGCCGGACCUCAGAUGACAACUUCGGCAUCUGCCAUGAGGAGCGGCCAGAGACGGCUCGGAUCUGCAGGCUUGGCCCUUGUUCACGAAACGUCUCUGACCCUUCCAAGAAAAACUACGUGGUUCAGUGGCUGUCCCGCCCAGAUCCCGAUGCACCCAUGGCCAAGACCUCGUCAAAAGACCGCUGCCAAGGUGACAAGUCAAUGUUCUGUAGGAUGGAAGUCUUAUCUCGCUACUGCACCAUCCCAGGCUACAACAAGCUCUGCUGCAAGUCCUGUAACCUGUACAACAUCAGCAACCUGGAUAAUAGGACAGAGCCACCUCUUGGGAAGAACAAUGCCAUUGAAGAGCUCAUGCCCACCCUUCCAGUGCCAACACUAGGCAUGGAGGUUCAGUCUUCAACCAGCGCACCCCUUGAGGCCCCACUCAACGUCUCCAGGACCAAUGCCACUGAGGAUCGCCCAGAGACCAAUGCUGUAGAUGUACCUUACAAAAUCCAUGGCCUGGAUGAAGAAGUCCAGCCACCCAACUUAAUCCCUCGACGACCGAGCCCCUAUGAAAAGACAAGAAACCAAAGAAUCCAGGAGCUCAUUGAUGAGAUGCGGAAGAAAGAGAAGCUCGGAAAGUUCUAAUAAAAUGGAAAGAUAGCA